AUGUCUAAAUUAGACAAGUUAGACAAGCUGGAUAAGAAAGACCUCAAGAAGGCAUUCGACCUCUCCCACUUCGACUUAAAUGCCGUCAUACGUGGCGCACAAUUGACACUCGUUGGUGCUCACCGAGCUCUACAAAAUCCCGCUAUAUUCACGAACGAUCACUAUAGGCAAGCAGCCAUAGCUGUCGGUGCUGGCAUCGCGAUCCGUUUGGCUAUUGCCGUCCCACUACGUGGGGAUACCCUAGUAAACGGCCUUGACUUGGUUGCCAACCAUGUCCUUCAAGUUCCUUUAUUCCUCAUGACUCUCAUGAGGUAUAUGACACCAACACUAGAUAACCUGUUCAUGGACUCGUUAAGAUGGGUAGAUAUGACCUAUGUCCACAAGCAUAAGCACGAAAAUCCCGAUACACUCCGUGAUAUGUACUAUCCGAACCUCAGCAAACUCAAGCAUUUGGAUGGGAAUACGCAGUCUGGAAGCACCGCCGAGGCCGUUACUAUGUUCAUAUGGAAAUUUGCUCGAAAGGCGAUAAUUUCUUUAGUCGUAUUCGCUCUGUCGUACGUCCCAUACAUCGGCCGGUUGGUACUUCCUGCGGCUAGUUUCUAUACGUUCAACAAGGCGGUUGGCCUGGGGCCGGCGGCGGUCAUCUUUGGUACGGGAAUCUUUCUCCCGAAACGCUACCUCGUCAUUUUCCUCCAGACCUAUUUCGCUUCGCGGAGCCUGGUGCGUGAACUACUCGAGCCUUACUUUGCCCGUAUUUACUUCACCAAGGAGCAGAAGCGAAAUUGGUUCAGGAGCCGUGAAGGACUUCUUUUCGGAUUCGGCAUUGGCUUUUACACGCUUCUCCGAGUCCCGCUACUUGGCGUAUUGAUAUAUGGCAUUGCCGAAGCAUCGACCGCGUACCUCAUCACUAAGAUCACGGACCCUCCUCCAGCGCCGAAUGCGCCCCGUUCCGAAAUACAGGAAUUUGCAGCAAGCCAACAAGUCUGGAAGAACAAACAUGAGUUCCUCAACCUCCCAUUAGCGAACUUGGAUGCUAUCCAUGGAGAUGAGCCGCCAUCAUAUGAUGAGUCGGUAAAGCAGGGAAGCAAGAAAGAAUUAUAA